AUGGGCACCAAACGGCAAAUCGACGAGGUCGAGUCCCACGACGCGAGUGGCGGCCAUGCAGCAGCUGGAAAGAGGCACAAGUCGUACGUCGGCCGCAAACGCCCGGCACAGGAAGAUUCGGGGACCAAGAAGCGCAUCCGGGCCAUCGAGAGAAGCCUGCGGCGGAACCAGGACAUGCCGGCCAACGUGCGGAUCGAGCUGGAGAGGGAGCUGGCGUCGCAGAAGCAGAUCCUGGCGGACAAGCAAUACAGGAGGAAGCGCAGCGCCAUGAUCUCGAAGUACCACCAUGUUCGAUUUUUCGAACGGAAAAAGGCUUCACGGCUGGUGAAGCAGCUGAAGCGGAGGCUGGAGCAGGAAAGCGACGCCGUCGAGGCUGAAAAGAUACGGCACCACCUCCACAUUGCCGAAGUCGACGAAGCAUACACUCUCUACUUCCCCCAUAUCGAGACGUACGUCGGCCUGUACGCCGCCGCCGCCAAGAAGCCAGCUGAAGAAGAGACCGAGGAGAGCAAGAUUGCGGCCGCAAAGGCAGCUCUGGAGGCGGAAAGGCCGCCGAUGUGGAAAGUGAUUGAAAAGGCAUUGGCCGAGGGACCAGCUGCGUUGGAGAAGAUACGCGACCGCAGAUCA